AUGAAUUUCAUUGGCGCUCUAUUGGUGCUACUCGCCUGCUCUCUGUGCGGCCUAAGCGCCGCGGAUUUGGGGCUGAAGCAAGCGAAUCGCUUCGAGGAGAGCAGCUACGGCAAUUCGCGCUAUCAGAUCUUUGAGGUGCACAAUCAUUAUCAGGGCAAGAGCCACGCCUACUUGCCGCCUACACAGAACAGCCAGCAGCAGCAGCACUUUGGCGAUGAGGGACAAGGGCAGGCGCAGCCCUUGCCAGUGGCACAGCCAGUGGUGCAGCCCGUGGCUCAGCCAGUGGUGCAGCCUGCGUCUGUUCCGGUGCCUUUUCCUUCCAACUAUCAGCAUGAUUUCCAGCGCAAGCAGGCGCCUCAGCCAGCUGUUGCCUAUAGCACGCCAGCCUAUUUGCCGCCCACUGUUGCCACGCCCAACCUGCAACAGCAGCAGCAGCAGGCAUAUCAAUCGCCAGUUGCCACCACUUUGAACGCUGCUGCACCACAGCAACUGCCUCAGUCUGUGCCACAAGCAACUCUGCCUCAGGCAGCCGCACCAGCAGCUGCUUAUCAUGCUCCUGGCUACUUGCCACCUGGCUACGAUUUCAGCAAUCCCGACCAGCUGCCUUUGGAUCAGAUCAUUGAGCAACCCCAGCUGCCAGCCGUGCAGCCAGCAACAGUUGGUGAGUAUCGCACGCCAGGCUACUUGCCGCCCAGCUACGAUGUAGUCAAGCCACAGCAACUCAGCCAUCCUGGUGCGCUGCCUGAGGGCUACGACUUUACCAAACCCGAGAACUUUGAGGCUGCCAUUGCUGAGCUGCACAGUCUGCAAACGCAAACCAAAUUGCUUAAGCAGCAGCAGCAACAGCAACAGCAGCAACAGCAACAGCAGCAGUUUCAGCUGCAGCCUGCACCCACUGUGGUGGCCGCUCCACUGCCCGCACCGCCCACACAGCACACACACAUUCAUGCGCUGAGGAGCUACAUGAACACCGUGCAGCCGUAUGCGCGCUACGGCCAGCCGCAGCAGCUGCAGCUGCAACUGCAGCAACGUGUGCAGCAGCAACAAGUGCAGCAGCAACAGGUGCAGCAGCAAUUCGUUGAGGUGGCGCCCAUGUACCGUGAGCAAUCGAAGCGUCCACGUUUCUAUGCCCCAGCCAUGUCCUACGCACGCACUGCGGUGCCCACGCAGUACCACCAACACCACCACCACAUCUUUCACGCCCAACGCCAGCAACGUCAGCAACAUCAGCAGUAUCGGCAGCAGCAGCAGCCACUGCCUCUGCCACUGCCACGCCCCGUGCUGAAUCUACAGGCACAGCAGUCGCUGCAGAAGUUCAUGCCCCGCGAAAUGCAAUUGGCCGUCAAUGUGGCCGUCGCUGCCGCCUCGCCCGUUGCCCGCGGCAGCUCCAGGGUGCGCACCGUGCAAAUCGUCAAGCCGCAUGAGGUGCGCACGUUCAAGGUGCUGGAAACUUUGGAUGCUGCUGGCGUCAAGACCAUCAAGAUCCUGGGCACCAGCAACGAGCAGCCGCGCGGCCAUCAUCACAUUAUCAAGGUGAUCAGCCAGGAUGCCAACAAUGUGGAGACACAUGUGCAGACGGUCAAGAUCUACGACGAUCAGCAGGAGUAUCAGCAGCCACAGCAACAGCAACAGUUGCCAGCGGGUGCGCCUCGCGGCUAUUUGCCACCAAAUGUGGCAAGGCCACGCGAGCGAAUUGUGCGACAAACGCGACCGCUGCGCCUGCUGCCUGUCUCCAGGCAUUGAGUCCCACACACACACAUACACACACACACACACAUACACAUAUAUAUCAACACACAGACUCGUAGCACUGAUUAGUUUAAUUUCAUCAAAGCGUAUCGAAUUUGUUGCCGGCUCGCGCGCUGUGCAAAUCGCGCGCAAGUUUCAUUUCUCAAUCUAAUUUCGACUUUUUUUUUC